AUGAUUACAGAUUCGAUCCGAAGAGUCAACGGCUACGACAAAAAUGCCUAUACGUACUACCCCGUCGUUAUUGUCGGCGCCGGGGCGUCGGGCAUUGCCGCGGCCUGCCAAUUGAAGCAGCAGCUUGGAACAGACCAAUUUCGUGUUUUUGACCGUCAGGCAGGUAUUGGAGGGACGUGGUGGAUUAAUCGCUACCCUGGUGUUGCAUGGGGUAACACGUCGCGAGAAACCGAUUUACGCCACCUCUAA